CUUCCGGUUUUAUACUGGCCAGAAACUGGGAUGUCAGUAUGAGCAGCCAGCAGCUGCCCGUUCAUUUAUGUCUCCAGAUUAAAGAGCAGGAGCUGCUGCCUUCACCAGUGGACCUCUAAGAACACCCUCCAGGUUCCAGGUGACGCCAUGCCGGUCUCCCUGCUGUGGGCGGUGGACGUGCACGGGCGCGUCUACAGCCUGUCCACUGCGGGACAGCAGUGGGAGCAGUGCCGCCAUGCCCAGAUGGAGUUCAAGCGUGUGACGGCAGCUCAGCAGUGCUGCUGGGGCAUCGCCUGUGACAACGGCAUCUACCUGAACGUCCACGCGUCUGACCUGCCCAUCCGCUACCAAGAGGACGCGUACGAAAACCAGGUAAAUGUUGUUUUUCCACCAAGGAGGGACUCAGCAAUGAGGGUCCAGUCCUUUACUGAAAUGUUUUCGACUAGGCAUCACAUAUCUGGGAUCGAGUGUACGGACGAGGUCCCGAAAGCUGUCUUUCUCGACUAUGGGUGGACAUAUGCCAUGGAUUUCCCUGCCACCUACACCAAAGACAAGAAGUGGAACUCCUGCGUCCGCCGCAGGCGAUGGCUCCGCUACAGACGAUAUAAAGCCAUGGACACCUGGGCCAAGAUCCCCUCACAGCAGACAACUCUACCAGAUCCCUUCAGCGACAUCAGCUGUGGAGGCUGGGAGGUCAGCGAUGAGCCCAGGGGCCGGAUGUCUCUGUGGGCCGUCUCCAUCCAAGGAAAGGUGUGGUUCAGAGAGGAAAUCUCUCACCACAAUCCUGAGGGGUCUGCAUGGGUGGAGGUGCCUGUUCCUGGGGAGGUUGUCCAGAUUAGCUGCGGCCCUGGAGACCUGGUCUGGGCGGUGUUAUGGGAAGGGCAACUCCUGGUCAGGGAGGGCAUCGGUCGGGACUGCUCAAAAGGGACUUCCUGGGCAGUGGUGGAGUCUCCAAACCCUGAGGUGGGGGCUAUACAUGUAGCUGUGGGGAUGAAUGUAGUCUGGGCUCUGACCAAAGACAACAAAGUGUGGUUCAGGCGGGGUGUGGACUCUCAUAACCCCUGUGGUUCUGGAUGGAUCAGCAUGGUUGGAGAAAUGAUCAUGAUCAACGUGGGACUGAACGACCAGGUGUGGGCGAUUGGCUGUGAGGACCGAGCCGUAUACUUCAGACAGGGUGUCACCUUCAGUGAGCUCAGCGGUAAAACCUGGAAGGCCAUCAAUGUUCCUAGAGAUGGGGAUCGAUCCCACUCCAGCGCUAGUGCAAACAGUCUGCAUAGUGCUGGAUGUUUUUUCUCUGGCGAGGUGCGAGCUCCGUCAGUCGUGAGUGAUACUGAAUCAGAUGUAGAAAAUCCACCAGGGGAUGGAGCCAUGAGCAAUGUCACAUUCCCUAAUGAAGACCAUUUUGUAGAUGCCCCCCAGAAAGCGGCAUCAGAACUUUGCAUGGAGCCGCUUAAGCCCCACAUCCCAAAGGUUACAAGCGACAGCUUCAUCUCCGAACUCGUCUCUGACCGAAAACCGGCGAAGACCUCUGGAGAUGCCGAAUCAGCCUCCUCUGCUGUCUUGGAGGAGGAGGUCGCUCCUGGUGACGGAGAGGUCGAUGCUGUGACCUCCACCCAGGCAGGAGGCCCUGAUCCCCAGUGGAGUAAUGUGGAUCUGGAGGAGGCACAGAUCCAGCAUGGUCAGAUGGGGGCCGUUCCAGACUGCGCUGACUCCUGCAGUUUGUCCUCAGUGGCAACCUACACCCUCACCAUGGAGGACCAGUUCGGGGCAGAUGAGCAUCCUCUGUGGGCCUGGGUUAGCGGAGGAGGCUGCUCUGUGGACAGCCACUCUCAGCUCAACUGGUUUAACUGCUCUUUGAACACAUCUGUGCUGCAGUCGGUUCAGUCCAUGAGUCUGUCGGUGUCUCCUGCUCAGACGGCAGCUUGGAGGAAACAAAUCUUCCAACAGCUCAGUGAACGCUCCAAGAGAGAGAUGGACGAUUUCAGACAUUAUGAACAAGCCAUUGAAAAAUCGGUGUGGGUGAAAAAAGGAGCCAUGCAGUGGUGGAGAGACUGGAAGCCGCAUAAGUGGGUCGAUGUUCACUUCGCACUCGAGCAGUUUUCAGGAGCUGAUGGCAACAAGGAUGGAAUUUUAUUUGUUUAUUACAAUUACCAUGACGAGAAGAAGUACCUUCAUGCCUUCAUUAAUGAAGUGACAAUCCUGGUUCCUGUGCUCAAUGACUCCAAACACACUUUUGCCGUCUACACCCCUGAACGUACCAAACAGAGAUGGCCGAUAAGAUUGGCGGCUGCCACAGAGCUGGAGAUGUACGAUUGGCUGGCUUUGCUGAGUGUUUCUUGCUGUGAUGCCAGAGGAAUCCAGGGUCCUCCAUCCAAGCAGGCAAUCUGGUCCAUCACUUGUAAAGGGGACAUCUUCGUCAGUGAGCCGUCCUCCGCGCUCGAAGCCAUGCCUUACCCCACACCCUGUGAUCAAAUGUUCUGGCGACAGGUUGGAGGCCACCUGCGUUUAGUGGAGUGCAACAGCCUGGGGAUAGUAUGGGGCCUCGGCUAUGACCACACUGCCUGGGUCUACACCGGGGGAUAUGGGGGAGGCUUCUUCCAGGGGUUGGCAAGCAGCACAGAUAAUGUUUACACACAGACUGACAUCAAGAGUGUUUAUAUCUAUGAGAACCAGAGGUGGAACCCAGUAACUGGCUACAGCAACAGGGGACUUCCAACAGACCGCUACAUGUGGAGUGAUGCAUCUGGGUUACAUGAGUGCACAAAGACUGGUACAAAGCCUCCUUCCCCUCAUUGGACAUGGGUGUCUGACUGGGUUAUUGACUACAGCGUCUCUGGGGGAACAGACAAAGAGGGCUGGCAGUAUGCUGCAGAUUUUCCAGCGUCUUAUCACGGCUCUAAAACCAUGAAGGACUUUGUCCGGCGCAGGCGCUGGUCCAGGAAAUGUAAAUUAACAACAACCGGACCGUGGCAAGAAGUUCCACCAAUCGCACUGAGCGAUGUUACAAUCCUACCUUGUGCUGCUCAGAGCAGCGUGGAUACAGUUCCUCUGUGGGCCAUCAGCAACAAAGGAGACAUCCUAUGUCGACUGGGAGUAACACUGCUGACACCUGCUGGAACGUCAUGGCUUCAUGUUGGGACAGACCAGCCUUUUAAGUCCAUCUCUAUCGGCGCUGGCAGCCAGGUCUGGGCCAUCGCCAGAGACGGUUCCGCCUUCUAUCGGGGUUCAGUUUCACCCCAGAACCCAGCAGGCGAUUGUUGGUACCACAUCCCCACGCCGGCGAAGCAGAAGUUAAAGCAGGUGUCUGUUGGCAGAACAUCAGUUUAUGCUGUCGAUGAAAAUGGUAACCUGUGGUACAGGCAGGGGGUGACCCCCAGGUACCCUCAGGGUUCCUCCUGGGAGCACAUCUCCAACAAUGUGCGAAAAGUCUCUGUAGGGCCCUUGGAUCAGGUUUGGAUCAUAGCAGACAAGGUUCAGGGCAGCCACAGUCUGAGCUGCGGGACAGUGUGCCAUCGACUCGGAGUCCAACCCAUGGAGCCAAAGGGACAAUCCUGGGAUUAUGGCAUUGGGGGUGGAUGGGACCACAUCACAGUAAGAGGAAACUCCAUGGAGCCACCGCACAUCUGUCUUUCCUCCAGGACAUAGCCGCCCCCCCAGCCCCUUGCAGCCCCCUCCUGGUCAGGAGCACAGCGAUCAGCAGCACCUUGAGCUCCUAAUGUAGCCCUCAAACUGCAGACUAUUUGGAGAAGAGAUCUAACCUUCAGGUUUGGAGAUGCCAGCAGGUUGUAGUAUUCAGAGAGUCUGAGCCAGUCUGUAAUUUAAACUAGAGAUUUAAAUUCUGUGAAUGUUUUCUUCUUUGUCAGUGAUGUUUGUAUUUUGUUAGUAUUUGUGGAAGCCUGUUGGUCUCGGGGCCUUUUUUAGUUGUUUCAAAUUUGAUUUAGUAUUUUCGGGUGUGUUUUAAUUUGUUUGUGUUAAAACCAGUUCACCUUAGAGAAAAGAAAUGUUUUGUGUUAUAUUAUAUAAUACUUCUUCAUUUUCUCUAUUUCUGUUGAAUUUAGCUUUUAAGGUUGUUUCCUCUCAGGAAAUCAUCCUUUAUAUUUAUAUAUAUAAAAUAAAAUCAGCUUUCUAGGUAACACAGGGCUGUUCAUAAUUAUGACCAUUCUUAUGUGUGCAG